CGGGUCCCAGAAUGCACGUUUCUAGAUUGCAAUGUUUUUAUUCCGUCGUUUAGUUUUUUGUAUGUAGCUGGUGAAAGGUCGCUGUGGUGAAAUCGAGGCCAGGAAUCCCACAAUACUAGGCGAAGGAGCUCCUUUUCGGGGCUGAGCUUGUGGUUUUAAUCAAAGGGAAGGCGAAGAAGCGAUGCAGAGACAUGUAAGAUGGCAGAGUUACAAAUGUUGUUAGAAGAGGAAAUUCCAGCCGGCAAAAGAGCCCUGGUAGAGAGCUACCAGAACCUCACGAGGGUUGCGGACUAUUGUGAAAGCAAUUAUGUUCAGGCCCAGGACAAGCGGAAAGCUCUGGAAGAGACCAAAGCCUACACCACCCAGUCUCUGGCUAGCGUGGCCUACCAGAUCAAUGCCUUAGCCAACAACGUGCUACAGCUGCUGGACAUCCAGGCAUCCCAGCUGAGGAGAAUGGAGUCCUCCAUCAACCACAUCUCCCAGACUGUGGACAUCCACAAGGAGAAGGUUGCCAGGCGAGAGAUUGGAAUUCUGACCACAAACAAGAACACUUCGAGGACCCAUAAAAUCAUCGCCCCCGCCAACAUGGAGAGGCCGGUGAGGUACAUCCGGAAGCCCGUAGACUACACGGUGCUGGACGACGUGGGCCACGGAGUCAAGCAGGGGAACAACCAGCCGGCCAGAGGAGGGACGCUAUCGAGGACCAAUCCGCCGACGCAGAAGCCCCCCAGCCCGCCCAUGUCCGGGCGUGGCACUCUCGGGCGCAACACACCAUACAAAACCCUGGAACCCGUUAAGCCUCCUGUCCUGCCCAACGACUACAUGACCAGCCCCGCCCGCCUGGGCAGCCAGCACAGCCCUGGGCGCACAGCCUCCCUCAGCCAGAGGCCCAGAACUCACAGCUCAGCGGGUGCUACGGCAAGUCGUGAGACCUCGGACAAGCCAGUCGCGUUCGCAUGUGCCACAGCGGUGCCUACGCCUUCUCCACCCACUAUGGCACCAGCAGUGGCCCCAGGGCCCGGUCCAGGCCCGAUUCCCAUGUCCCAGUUUGGCACGCUGUCUCGGCAGAUCUCCAGGCACAAUUCCACCACCUCCUCAGUCUCCACGGUUUCGGCCACGGGGACGUACAGGCGGGCCCCCUCCGUCACGUCCCAGUUCUCAGUCCAGCAGCCGCACAUUAACGGCGGCCCCCAGGUGUACCCCCAGAACUCAAUGUCUAUCGCACCCCCUCCUCCCCCCAUGCCCCAGCUGACUCCACAGAUACCCCUCACAGGCUUUGUGGCCAGGGUGCAGGAGAACAUCGCCGACACCCCCAGCCUCCCGCCCCCUCCUCCCCCGGACGAUGUCCCGAUGUUCGACGAAUCCCCGCCGCCACCCCCUCCACCGCCGGUGGACUACGAGGACGAGGAUGCGGCCAUCGUGCACUACAACGACCCCUAUGCGGACGGCGACCCGCAAUGGGCCCCCAAGACGUACACUGAAAAAGUGGUGGCCAUAUACGACUACAGCAAGGACAAGGACGAUGAGCUGUCUUUUAUGGAGGGGGCAAUCAUCUACAUCAUCAAGAAGAACGACGACGGCUGGUUCGAGGGGGUCUGCAACGGCGUUACUGGCCUCUUCCCUGGAAACUACGUGGAGUCCAUCAUGCACUAUGCUGACUAAAGACACCCCUUUUAUCUUCAGUCAUCCCAAGACCAUUAUAAAAAAAAGCAUAAAACUGGUCUACAAAAGCAUAUGUAUAAGUGCAUUAGAAAAUGACCGAAUGUUUGUUCCUUAUUGAAUUGCAAAUAAAAUAAAUUCUAUUUAGUUUUUUUGGUGGGAAGAUUGUGGGAUAUAAUGUAUUACUUUGAUGAGGUCCAAUGGCUUGGUUGAUCACAUGCUCAUGUCUGUCAGUUGUCCUGUCAGUUAAUUGUAUAUAAUGUUGAGGGCUGCAAUUGGGUUGUUGGUAGUGUUACUGUUAAUAUUGAUAAAUGUCCUGAGCAGUGGAUGCCACAAGUGAACAUGUUAAAGUAGGGAUUAUGUUUUAUAAUGAGUCCGGUUAUAAAUUGUGCCAUUUUCCCCCCUACCUUUCUUCCUCAGAAGACACAAGACCAAUUUAAUGCAUUUUGGAUCCUGAAUGCAAACUUAACUGCUUGCCAGAAUUGCAGACUUUUUUUUUUUAGAAGUGUUUCCUGGCUACUCGUAAUUCCUGAAAUGUACUUAUCUUGCCGUGAAGCAUGCACACAAAAGAACUGUAACAUAUACUUUAUUUCCAUUAUGCUUCCAGUAUGGUGUAAUAUUUACAGUGAGCACUCAAAAUUAGUUUUUUUAAAUGAAAUGUCUGAAGCGGUUGUUUAAAGUUGUAUUCUUUUUUCUGAAAUGCUCUAAUUUGUAUUUAAAACAUUUGAUAUGAUUACAUUUACAUUAAUAAUUUCUACAUUGAGUUAUAUAUGUAAAACAAGGCUGUUUUGUUGGUAAGGUGUCUCAGAAGUCUGGAACCCUUGCCAUUUGCUUGAUACAAGUGUUGAAAUGGUUUAAAUUUCCAAUCAUUUAUAGUUACAAAAGCAAAACCUCAAGUCAUUAAAAUUUCUGUGGAGAAAAUA